CCUAUCUGAUUAUGCUGUAGCUGUGGAGGGUGUCUCUUGCACGUCAACAAUAAUCACUGAUCUCAAACCCAUGCCCUAUUCAUUUCGUGUGUAUGCAUUCAACGAAUAUUUCAAAGGGAAAAUGUCGCAGGAAGUGGGCGUUGAUUUGAAGCUGUCUGCUUUGAAUACCGAGCCUUUAUCCAUCCAAAGUUUCGACGCUGAGGUAAAAUACAUAGAUGAGAACGAAUUCAAUGUUGGCUACGCGCUGGGUGACACAAUACAUCGGGGACAGUUUGCUGACGUGAAGCAGAUUACCCGAAAUGCCACCCGGAAACGAUAUGUAGCGAAGUGCUUUUCGAUGCAGCUUUUAAGAAAGCAGCAACGGUGGGAUGAUGUAGAGCGCGAAAUCCGCAUCCUUCGUACUCUGCAGCACCGCAAUAUUGUUGCUUACCAUGCAGCUGUUAAAACGGCUGAUCAGAGAAUACUAAUUAUGCAGAGGUCAGCAUUACGUGUUGUUACGAUAAGAUUAGUAUUAUUUACUGACCAAGACUAACU